CUCAGAUUGUACCAGUCUUGAGAAGCUCGUCCCUCCAACAUCAUGGAAUAUCUCAGAAAGAUAAGCCAACUGAAGGUGUUUCGCCACUCUUACAAGGAUCCGUUGGACUUUUACAACCACGUUCUCGUUAUGCCAAACCACGUGGCCAGCAUUACGGGGCUGGAUGUGCUGAAAACAGACUACAAAAAGAGUUCGUUCAAUUUUGUCGGUUUGAUUCUGGUGAUCCUGCUGUUUUUCUACGUGACCUUCUUCACGGUCUACGAAAUGCGUCACCACGUUGAAGAUUUAUAUUGCCUUGUUACGAUUGGGAUUUGCCUGCAGGUUGUGAUGAAAAUUUACACCCAUCUGUACUAUCGCGAUGAUCUGCUGUGGAUCCAAGAGUACACGAAAGAACUGUUCCAGGAGGAAACAGCAGCGCAUAAGUCGAUACUCAUGGGUUACAUUGAAGUGCUGAAUGUAAUAGCCAAAGCUGUCCUACUAGCCUACGGGUCGUGCAGUUGUACCAUGCUGACUGUCCCGAUUGUGUUCACGCUACUGUCGGGACACAAAACCCUCACGUUCGGAUUUUGGCUUCCGUUCAUCGAUCGGUUUUCUUGGCAUGGAUGGAUCCUCAAUAUGGUAAUGCAAAUCGUGAUGUCCAUCGUUAUUGUCUCCGAAGACAUUGGAUUGGAUAUUAUAUACUUCAUGACAGUGAUGUGCUCUGUAAUGCAGAUUGAUCUGCUGAAAGUUAAACUUCAAAAUGUGAACGCCAAGAUGGAGAAAGGUGAAACGGAUAUUACGGAAGAAUUAAAUGAUAUCUUUAAACGUCAUUAUGAACACAUGGAGUUUGUUCGAAUUGUCGAGAAAGUGUACAGGAGCUAUUUCUUUGUUCUAUUCUCCACUCUUGGAGCAUCGUUAGUACUUGUUCUUUAUGCUAUUGUAACGCUUUCGUGGAUUGCUGGAUAUGGAUCCGGAGUCUUUAUAACAUAUCAAUUAUUUGUCUUUUGUCUACUACCAACUCUGCUGGGAACUAAGAAAGAGGAGCUCCAGCGUGAAAUCUACGACAUCUCCUGGUACACGUGGACGAUCGAAAAUCAAAAGGUGUUGCGUUUCAUGCUGGAGGCGGCUCAGCAGCCAAACUGUCUCUCGAUGAUUUUCCACCCGCUGAGUAUGCCCACCUUCACCGAGGUCAUCCGAACGAUCUACAGCAUUUUGACACUGUUGCUCACGUUCAGGAGUGAUUAAUUCCUGAGCGUCAUUACAUUUGAACGUAUCACGGAAAUGUUUAGAAUGUUUUCACCUCACAAAAUUUAGUAGACACAAACGAUCACCAAAAACUUGUUUGAACUAAUUUUGAUGUUAAAUAAUAAAAACUCUAGAAUUUCA